AUGAUAGCAACUGCCAUUGCAAACUCCACGUUAACAACAACUACUUCCCCGGGAGAGGAGUUGGAAAUUCCCCAGCUCGCUCUGGCCUCAUGGAAAUUCGACGAAGUUUCAGUCUACAUAUCAAUCACAUUGUUCAUCUUGGCCGUCGUGCUCUUGAAAAUCGCUUAUCAUAAGCUGCCCUGCGUUGCCAGCUACGUACCCGAAUCCCUUCUGCUAAUAGUAAUGGGCCUAAUAUUCGGUUCUAUUAUUCACUACAUCCCCAAUGCCUCAGCCUUUCGUCUCACACCCACUAUCUUCUUCAACAUCCUCCUUCCGCCGAUCGUACUUGAAUCAGCAUACAGUCUCUAUAAUAAAACAUUUGCUGAGUUGCUCGCACCAAUCCUUCUGUUUGCUGUUCUUGGAACCGUCCUAAACUUUCUACUGAUCGGAUUUGGUCUUUUGGCAGUUGAUCUCUCCUCUGGGCUUGGAGAACCCUACCUCGGUCUCAGCAUCAAGGAGUACUUGCUCUUUGCUUCACUCAUUGUGGCCGUCGAUCCCGUCGCCGUCCUAGCCAUAUUUCAGGAUAUUGGCGUGGAUCUGGGGCUCUAUUAUCUGGUCUUUGGUGAAUCUCUCCUAAAUGACGCGGUAACUGUUGUUCUCUACAAUAUUAUGAGUGCUUUUGUGGCCACACCGGAAAUAAGCACUGGCCAAAUUAUCAUUGGAAUCGGUUCAUUCUUCACCGUCAGUCUGGGUGGGGCUGUCAUCGGCGUUUUUCAUGGUGUCAUCUCAUGCCUCCUGACACGUCUUAACAUCUCCUCGGAGGCCAUUGUACCUCUGUUGCUGAGCUACCUAUCCUAUAUUAUUGCAGAUCUGUUCGGUUGGUCCGGAAUCAUCUCAAUUAUUACUUGCGGUGUUUUUCAGGCAGCCUACGCUUUCCACAACUUAACUCCUAUGUCCAUUAUCCUACUGAAGUCUUCGUUAAAACAAAUUGCUUCCAUUAGUGAAGCUCUGAUUUUUCUAUUGAUCGGAUGUGAGGUUUUCGCAGUAAGGCUGAGGUGGCACACCGGUUUCGUCCUCACUGCUGUGGUUAUGUGUCUUCUUGCCAGAUUUGUUGUUGUUUUCGCUCUGGCCGCUAUCAUUAAUCGCGGUAAGACAGAACAUACUAAAAUCCAGUGGACUGAGCAGAUUAUCUGCAGUUACGGAGGUCUUCGCGGUGCAGUGGCCUUCUCCCUCGCCAUCCUCCUUCAGUCCCACUUUCUAGGAGAAAGGGGAGAAUUUGCUCGCGACGUGCUCAUAACCACAACCCUUGUGGUCAUCCUCUUUACCGUGGCUGUUAUGGGCACUACGAUGAAGCCGCUGGUGCGACUCUUGAACAUCCGGCUUGCAAAAAAGACUUCGCAGAAACUCUUUGUUACACUGAAUGACUCUGUCAUUGACCAGACUCUGUUGUACAUCGAAAAGCUGACCUCAUGCCCAGGAUAUUACCGACUUCGUGAGACUCUGGUCCGCCUAGACGACAAAUACAUCCGACCCCUCUUACAGAGGAACGCCACAACGCACAACAAGAAGAUUCUUGAAGUCUACGAGAAAAUGGCUCUUCAGUUGCAUUCAGAUGCCAUCUCGUCGCGAGCUACCCUCGAGGUGCCGCCAAUAGGUGGUGACAUGCCGAAACCUCUCCCAGAACCGGAACCAGAACCCUUUGGCGUUACUCUGGUCGAUGACGAUCCGUUCAGUCAUGUGACCAUGCGCAUCCCCCAGCAUGUGCGCAGACGUGUCAAGAUCGCUAGCAUGCUGAGCAAUGAUGGCAGCGACAUGUACCUACCCCAUGGAAGCUUCUACAAUCGCGCUAACAAUGCCCAGUUUGCCCGGUUAAGCCACAAUCAGGCCAGUUUGGCUGAGGCCAUGGACCACUCCAUCGGAAAAGAACGAAAGAAGAAGAUUCGCACUUUUAGUCUGGACGACGAUGAGAGUACUACAGUGAGCAAUCGGCGGGCCAAGUUUGCACGCCCACCUCCGAACUACACGGAGACAAUGCCCGAGGCGGCGGGACGUGCGCUCCUACUGGCAACAAGGCUGCACAACAAACGCCUUCCACAGACUCCAGAGUUUCCUUCUGAUACUGAGGUGUAA